UUCGUCUGACUGAGGAGUUCCGGGAAGUAGCCAGCCAGCUUGGUUAUGAGGAACAUGUACAACUUAUUGACAUCUCCAGCAUCCCCUCCUAUGACUGGAUGAGAAGAGUCACGCAGAGAAAAAAAACUUCCAAGAAGGGAAAAGCCUGCCUGCUGUUUGACCACCUGGAACCCGUUGAAUUAGCUGAACACCUCACUUUUCUGGAGCAUAAAUCUUUUAGAAGGAUUGCAUUUACAGAUUACCAAAGCUAUGUGAUUCAUGGCUGCUUGGAGAACAACCCCACCCUGGAGAGAUCAAUUGCAUUAUUUAACGGUAUCUCUAAGUGGGUCCAGCUGAUGGUUCUUAGCAAGCCAACGCCCCAGCAAAGGGCAGAUGUAAUCACAAAGUUUAUCAAUGUUGCACAGAAGCUGCUUCAUCUCCAGAACUUUAACACGCUGAUGGCAGUUGUGGGAGGCCUAAGCCACAGCUCUAUUUCUCGUCUCAAAGAAACUCACUCUCAUCUAUCUUCUGAGGUUACAAAGGAUUGGAAUGAGAUGACAGAACUGGUCUCCUCCAGUGGAAACUACUGCAACUACCGCAAAGCUUUUGCUGACUCUGUUGGCUUCAAAAUCCCCAUAUUAGGAGUUCACUUGAAAGACUUGAUAGCCGUUCAUGUCAUCUUUCCAGACUGGAUAGAUGAGAACAAAGUAAACAUAGUGAAAAUGCAGCAGCUAUCCAUUACCUUGAAUGAACUGGUUUCCCUGCAGACUGCUACCCAUCAUCUAGAGCCAAAUAUGGAUUUAAUUAACCUGCUAACACUUUCCCUGGACCUUUACCACACAGAAGAUGAUAUUUACAAGCUCUCAUUGGUGCUAGAACCAAGGAAUUCUAAAUCACAACCUACCUCCCCAACGACCCCUAACAAGCCAGUAGUGCCACUGGAGUGGGCAUCUGGAGUGCUACCAAAGCCUGACCCAACCAUCAUUAACAAGCACAUAAGAAAGCUAGUGGAUUCUGUUUUUAGGAACUAUGAUCAUGACCAUGAUGGCUAUAUCUCUCAAGAAGACUUUGAAAGUAUAGCUGCCAACUUUCCUUUCCUGGACUCCUUUUGUGUAUUGGACAAAGACCAGGAUGGUCUUAUCAGCAAAGAAGAAAUGAUGGCCUACUUUCUGAGGGCUAAAUCGCAGCUACAGUGUAAAAUGGGACCAGGUUUUAUUCAUAACUUUCAUGAGAUGACCUAUCUUAAACCAACUUUCUGUGAGCACUGUGCAGGAUUUCUCUGGGGUAUAAUCAAACAAGGAUACAAAUGUAAAGAUUGUGGUGCCAACUGCCAUAAGCAGUGCAGAGACCUGCUUGUGCUGGCAUGCAGGAAGUUUGCCAGAGGUACCUCGAUGGGCAGUAAUCAUGGUUCUCUGCCUAACAGUCCGUCUCUGCCUCCAGUACAAGAUGAAGUAUUUGAAUUCCCCAGUGUUGCUACAGGGCAUCAGGACCUAGAUGGCAGAGCAAUCACCCUAGUGACCGGCUCUUCUCGAAAGAUUUCAGUCCGUCUCCAGCGAGCUACCACCAGCCAAGCAACACAGACGGAACCACUGUGGCAUGAACCUGGCUGGAGUGACUCAGGUUCCCAUACUUUUCCCAAAAUGAAGUCCAAGUUCCAUAGCAAAGCUGGAAAGAACAAAGGCUUUGCAAAAUGGGAGAAUGAAAAACCCAACGUACAGGGCUAUGUGGAUAUUGAGGUAGAGACCACAGAGCAUAUGUUGGAUGAGAAUGGAAUAGAAACACUUCAAGAAAGACAAGAACCUGAGGAUAGCUGAUCACUUGCCCUGAAAGAUGGAGGACAAUUAAGAUGGCCAUUAGAACACAGCAAGAUGUGGAAUUCGGUAGACCACUCUUUGGCUAUGGGAAUGAAUUCCUGUACCUCAUGUUUAAACCUUAUGAAUCCAGCAGACCUUCCUGGUAUCUUAUUUAAUAGGAUGUUAGAGUCAAAAUGCACUAUUUAUUUUCUCACAAGUAAGUCAUCUGGUGAACAUUGCUUAGACAGAGCACAACAGUGUGUUAUGUGACUCAGUCUUCUGGUCUAUGAUUUUUUUAUAGCAAUAUGCCCACAGGUGGAAACUGUCUCUACACCCAAUCCUACAGUUCUACAAACCAAUGAGGAUGGAUUUUAUCUUCUUUGAAAGCAUCACAUCAGCUCAUUGUGUCUAUACAUGGCAAAGGUGAUAAGGAUGGCAUCUGAGUACCCAAGUUUAUUUGAUAAAACUCCUUAUUCAGAUGCUCAUAAUGGUCUUUUAUUUGGAAAGAACUGAGUUUAUGUUCGUUGCUAAAUCUCAAACAGGAGACUUUGAAAACGUCAAAAUUAAAAAUCCUCCUCUAGGAUGCAUUCCUUUGCACACCGUUUUUCAAACUUUUCAGAUGUUUACAUUGUUCUCAUUAAACCUAAGUGUAUUGAUGUGCAGCACAUGUUUAUAAUACAGGGCCAUAUGAGAAGGGUCUUUCAAACAUACAACAUGUGUCAAAGGACUGUAGGAAUUUCAGGACAAAUACCAUUAUUCAUAUGUCUGGUUAUACAAUAAAUGGACAGAUGCCCUUUCCCCCAGCACUGAUUAUGGUAAAAUUAACAUGUAAUAAACAUUUUAGUUUUAC